UAAGGCGUGGUUCGUUAUUAAAACAAAAUGGCGUCUGAUUAGGAGGCAUAGUUUAAACUAUCAUGGAACUGGAGGUAGAAGACUGGGUCGAGGAAGAGAUUGAAAAAGAGCUGGAAAAGAUCAGCCUUGAGGAUCUGGAGGGAUCCGAGGAAGAGGAAGACAAAGAAAAUGUCAAAAGCAACUCAAAUCUGAGAUCAGAGGAUUUUUCUCCAAUUCUAUCAGUCCAGUCCCUUCAGCGUUACGUUGCCCUCAGGACUUCACUGACCAAAGGGCUACAGAGCGAGCUGGAUCUUCUAAUUAAAGAGCAUGAUGUCUCCAGUAAUAUAUUACUCCAGUCUCCGCCUCUUUCCCCGCCCCUUUCUAAUACUGAUGUUACUACAGCUUGCAAUGGAGUCAAACAAGAAGCAAUUGAAGAUGUUGAAAUUAAUAAUAAGAUAAAAGAGACAGAGGUCAAGAUAAGGUCACUAGUGGAAGAAAGAAGAAGAUUAGAAAUUGAAGAGGAAGAAGUGAGAAAAAAUUUUCUGAGUAUGAAAGAGAAAGAAGAAAGAUCAGUUAUCUUGAUACAAGCUUACUGGAGAGGAUAUAGGGUACGGUCCCAACUGGUUCUACGAAAGAAACACUUGGAGACUCUAAGGUACUCAUUCUGUGCUGCUUUAAUUCAGUCGGCUUGGAGACGAUUUGUUUUAAAGCAAAGGAAAGAAGCAGCAGAAAAGAAACGAAGAGAAGAAUUGGAGUCACUCGCUGCUAGAAGAAUACAGGAUUAUUGGAAAGGACAUAGGAGAAGAGCUUUAGCUCAAGCCAUUUUAUCAAUUGGAAGGAAAGAGAAAGCAAGAAAAGUCUUGGAACAAAUGAAAAGGAAAGAAAGAGAGGCAACAGCUGCUGGGAAGAUCUUUACAUGUUGGAAACGACACAAGCAAAGGAGAAUAGCAAUAUUGGUAAUGUCAGCUGGAAGGAGAGAGAAAGAGAGAAAAGAGAAGGAGAGAGCAGCUGGUGCUAUAAUACUGGAACAAUGGAGACACUGGAGACGCAGACAACUAGCUAAAGGAAUUCUUGAAAUUGGAAGAAGAGAAAUAGAGAGAAAACUUAAAGAGGAACAACAAAAGUAUAAUAAUACGAACAAGGACGAGCAAAGGGACCUCACUAACCAGUCACAUGACUUAAUUAACCAGUCACAUGCUCCGAAUGGGCACUUCAUUAACCAGUCACAUGACCAAAAGACGCAGGAGGAGCUGGUACACAUGGCUGUUUUUAGAGAGAUAAGGUCCCAGGAAGAGACAUAUGCUCAGAAUUCGAGAGAAAGGAUGAACAGGAUAAUCGUUCAUGAACAAGAAAUGGAGUCCGUUGUCAAGACAACUCGUACCAGUCCUGAUUAUAAGUCUCGUCUUGAGUUUGCGUCAACUCCUCUCUCACCUCAUGCGUGGGUGGGUGUGGUCAAUGAAAGGUGUCAUAAAUGGCAGGAGGAGAGGAAGAGGCUACGGAUCAGGAAAGCUCCACCCACUCCAUUCCCUCCUACUUUAUCAUCCCAACCUCAAGCAACAAGAUCCCUUUCUGAUGUACAGUUACUUGCUACUUCUCCGAAAGGAACAAAAUUAGACGAGGUAACUGUGGUUCACUUAUACAGACUAAGGGGUGGGGCUUCGUUAGACCUGACGUCACUGUCUCGCUGUCCUAAAUUACGUAUUUUAUCAAUAAUGAAAUCACCUCUCAUCGUUUUUAAAGACAUUGGAGGGAGAGAGAAGAAUAAAGAUGGCUGCUCAUUAAACAUUGAAGAGCUAUCUCUAUCAUCCAACAGGUUGGAGUAUAUUGAUUUUGCUGACUUGGCAGAGCUAAGGUUUCUCGAUUUAAGCGACAACCACCUCUCGUCUAUUCACGGUCUCCAAACGUGUAAAAACCUUUUAGAACUCAAUCUUGACGAGAACAGAAUUGCCAGAAUAGGUGGUCUUGAGGGGUGUGGCUUACUUCAAAAGCUAACCAUAAAUGGAAAUUUAAUCAUUAACAGUGCGGGCGUGGCUUCGUUGCCAAGGUUACAGCAUUUGUCACUGUCUGAGAAUCAUUUACCAGUGGUGGUCGGUUUGGAGGCAUGUCCUUUACUGCAAUUCAUUAACCUCCAACAGAAUAAUCUUCAAGAAUGUGUCCCUUUUUCUAAUCAUGUUCUAUUGCGAGAGAUUGAUAUUUCUGGUAACAGUUUAUCUGAUAUGACAUCAAUUGAGGGGGCGUGGCUUCCUUCCCUACAGACUCUUAAAGUAUCAAACAACUGUAUAUCAUCAAUCAGUUCUUUAACAUGCUGUAUCAUGUUAACAACUUUUGACAUUAGAAACAAUUCCUUAUACAAUUUCCCUAGUUUUUUACAGUCCAUAAGAGGUUGCUAUUACCUCAAACACGUCCUACUUGACGGUAACCCGAUCACUCAUGAACCUAAAUUCAAGGCUCACCUCUUGAAGGCUCUUCCUCAGCUUCAGAAGCUGAAUGAUGUUGAACUGAAGCAAAGCAAGUCUUUCAAUAUUCCUAAAGAGAUUCUCUCUAAUCCUUUGAUUUCAUUAACUUUACGUCAACUAACUGAACAGGAUGAACUAAAACAGAGACACGCCCACCAAAUAGAGUCAGUAUCUCCGGAUUCCGUUCCUACAUCUCCUGAUACUCUCACUCAAAUACUGGAUCUGAAAGCCUCCCAUUCCAGUGAAUGUCAUGAACUUCUUGCUAGACAUUACAAGGAACAUGUCCAAUUUAAUGGAAGAUAUUCUCUCUCUCCUCCAGUGGAUAGAACACUAAUAGCAAAACAGAUUUCUGCUGCUGUACUUAUUCAGAGUCAAUGGCGAGGACAGCGAGAGAGAAUGAGAUACGUUAAGACUCUAAAGUUUAUCAUUUUAAUUCAAUCUUUAAUGAGAGGGGCACUGACUAGAAGAUACUUGAAACAAGAGCAAGAGAAGGAGGAGAGAGAGAGGAGGAGGAGGGAGGGAGCAGCUGUGUUGAUACAGUCGGUGUAUCGCGGUCAUAAGCUGAGGAAGAAGCUCAAAGAACUGUUAAGUUCUAAUUCAUUUUUUGAAAAAGAGGAAGAAGUGGAAAUUGAUGAUUUCUUAUUGUCUCAAGUUCCGUUGGAGUCUGAGGAUCUUUUAAGACCUUUCAGUCCAACUGAAGAAGACAUUGACAAACUUUUAAAACCAUCCACUCCGUCUCCACGGAAACAGCAACAACAUCGCCAAGUCAGCAUUCCUAGGUUUACCCUCCCUGGGGCCGUACAAGAAGAAGUGACACUAGAAGAGGAGGAGGAGGGAAGGAAAGGGGUGGGGCUAUGUAGGCGUGGCUCAGGGCCAAGAGAUGGUGAAGGUUUGAAUUCAUCCAAUCGGGCAAAGCAACAAAAAAUAAUUGAUGAAUGGGGGUUUUCAAGUAACGUAACAGCAGGCCUAAUGCUAAGAAGAGCCGGCCGGCACCAGAAACUGAAGCAGGUCUCACACCAGAGGCUCCGGCUACAAGAUCCCACUGAGAGACUUAAUAACUUUAGAAAAAGAAAUAGUCAAAAUUCAUCUUUUCUGUUACCCUAUUCAGAAAGAAGCAGCUGCUACAGUGAGGUGACAUCACCAGAGAAGAAACAAGAUCAACCUGACACCACUGGAUAUCAGUGGAGUCAUCACAAAAGGGUAGUCCACCAAGAACUACUAGUCCCUCCUCCUCCUCCUAUAAAAAUGGCGUCACCUGCUGCUACCUCUCUCUCAUCCCUUCCUCAAAUGGAUUUACACAUAUUAGUGGGACACACACCAAGACUGGUGACAUCAAAGGCCCAGAACGAUCUAGUCAGACAUUCCAAGUCAAUACAGGAAGCUUGGGACAAAUGAGACUGCACACGUGAACGCACGUGGUUAAUUAACUGACGUCAUAAUUAUUUUAAUGAUAUUCAUAUUCA